CCGCCUUCAGCAAAUAAUAGCCUCGACCAAAAAGAGGAAGUAGUAGCUCAGUAUUUGACUUACAACAGCUGGUCAAAGCUGCUCUGACGGACAAAGUUUUGUGCUUUUGUCUCUGCUGUCGUUCUGUGUUCGAGACGCUACUAGCCUGUUUCUCUGGUAGGAAUUGACUGUUGCCCGAGACAUCUCACAAUGAAUCGAAAAAAGGUCUUGAUAAUCUUUCUGAUUGGUGUUGCUGUUGUUGCUACAGUAGUUGGUGUUGCAGUGGGUUUAAAGUUGAACAAUGAAAAAGAAUCCAAUUCUGGUAAAGCCUCAGCAAAGAAGAGUUACGAUUGCAAAAGCUUCAGCAGGCCAGCAGUGAUAAUGAUAUCAAUGGAUGGCUUUAGAGCAGACUAUCUCAACAGAAGUUUGUCACCAAACAUUCAUCAUCUUGCUUCAGAAGGCGUUCAAGCAGAGUACAUGACUUCGCAGUUUCCAACCAAAACUUUCCCAAAUCAUUAUACCAUCGCAACUGGUCUUUAUCCAGAAUCGCAUGGAAUCGUUAGCAACAGCUUUUUGAGCGAAGAUCGCAGUGAAUAUUUCAGAAUCGGGAGCAAGGCAGCAUUGAACAGUAAAUGGUGGAAGGGUGAACCGAUAUGGAAUACUGUUAGAAGGCAAGGUUUGAAAAGUGCUUCGUAUUUUUGGGUUGGAUCUGAGGUAAACAUUGGUGGAUUGCUGCCUAAUUAUUGGAAAAGAUACAAUGGCAAUGUGCCUUUUGAAGACAGAGUAGACCAAGUUCUCAAAUGGUUGGAAAUGGACCCGUCUGAAAGGCCCAACUUGCUGUUGACUUACUUUGAAGAACCUGACAAACAAGGCCAUAGUUUUGGGCCUGAUUCUGCCGAGGUAAACAAGGCAAUCAAGAGAGUGGACGACAUUAUAGGGAGGCUUGUCGAUGGAAUCAGGAAGAGAAACCUCAGCUCAUGUGUAAAUAUAGUGAUGACGUCAGAUCAUGGAAUGACAAAUAUAUCAUGCUCCCGUGCAAUAUACUUAGAUAAGUUCAUUUCACUUACUGGGACAAGAGUAGUUGGGCUAGGUGCAUCGUCUUUACUAUACACAGAUAAUUCAUCUGUUGCUGCAACAAUCGUCCAGCAGCUAAAGGGUGUCAAGAAUCUGAAGGCAUAUUUAAGAGACGGAGGCAAUUUACCAAACAGACUACACUACACCAACAACAAGCGCAUUGGAGAUGUUGUGCUUAUUCCAGAUCUUGGUUGGAGCAUAUUGGAAAGAAAUGGAACUUGCCGUGCAAGCUACAGGGGCACCCAUGGCUAUGACAAUUCUUAUGCAGAUAUGAGGGGCAUAUUUGUCGCCAAUGGACCUGCAUUUAAGAGAGGCCUCAUUGCUCGCCCUUUUGAAAACAUUGAGAUUUAUAAUCUCAUUGCUGAAAUACUCAAUGUGAAACCAGCACCAAAUAAUGGGACAUUUGGAAGUCUUUCUUACUUUUUGAGAAAAUCUACCAAUUGAUUCCAUUCCAACCAUUGCUAUGGCAAGCAAAAAGCAGAAGAAAUGAAACGAGUUUUUAUUAGAGACAAACAUAAGAAAUUGUAAUCUGGUUUUGCCUGAAAUAUACGAUAAGUUUUUAUCAGUUUUUUGACUGACAGUUUUGACUCAGGUGAGUUAAGAUUUGCCAGAAUGAAGACUGGCACAUGGACCUUUUAAAUCUAGCAGAAAGUAUAUGUGACAUCAGGGUUCUCACCGGCCUAAAGUUUUCCACGGCUUCCAUAUGAAUAUGAAGUAUGAGGGCGACUUCCAGCAAGUAUUAAGGCGGCAUUUACCUAGCUUUUUACGUUGGUAGAACUACACAGAUUUUGCACUAAGGGUAGAGCCUAAGAAAAAUAUUUUGAUUAGCCUCAACAGAUUUAGGCCAAAGGCCUUCUGCGUUGAACAUUCAUCUCUUCUUUGCUACAAUUUACAAAUAUAUUUGCGCAUUUAUUUGUUUUGUUUACACAUCAAUCUGAUGUUGUAGUUUUUGUUUCUUGGAUGUUCAAAGAAUAAAUUUCAAAAUAGCACGGAAAAACGAAAAACGGGUCACACUAAAAUAGUUUUCGUCUGAGUCUCAUCAGAUGAUGUCCAAAGGUAAGCAGAAAAUUUAUAUCCAGAUGUAGAUUGAAAAUAACGUGAGAGGAAGAAUAGCGUGUUUGAUUGGUUCUUUGUUCUUGACCAAUCGAAGACCAAUUGACCAAUCUCUCACCCAGUUGGAGAGUCCAAGAGACAAAACGAAUGCCCUUUCUGUCUACAGAUAUCGGGACCCUUUGUUUUGAUGUAGACAAAUUCCAAAACACCUGUAUGAAAAACGCCAAAAUAAAUUACAGUGAACGAUGCGUCAUUUCAAAGUGUAUGCUUUUAUUUUCCAUAAUGUGAAUAAAUUUAGAUAUGAGCAUUGUUGGGAACGAAAGCGAUAAAAAAGCUGUUUUGUGAAAACAACUGCUAGAUUAAGCAUCGAUUUGGUUCAUCAUGUAGAUCGUGCUAAGUUGUUUUCUCUUGAUAUAAACUGCAUUGCUAUUUAUCUGACUUAAAUUUGCGUCUUAAAAACCACGACGACAUCGCCUAAACACUUUCAUCUAUCUAAUAUUAUACAUGAACCUACAAUGGUUAUUACUUAGAUGUUUCAAUAAUAAUAAAAAAUUAUAAAAAAUUAUUAGGAUAAUCAGCAACAAAAAAUUAAAGAUGUUUUUAAAAUUUCUUCUAGAAUAGAUUUCAAUUGAUGUAUAAGGUAAAGGUAAAGGUUAUUCCCGUAUUUCAUAUCGAACGUUGGGGAAUGUGCUGUUAGGGGCGCAUCCGCCCGAACCACGGCAUUGUGUGGUAGGGUGGCCAGUUCCUCUCCACGUUGAUAUAUGAUUAAUCUAUAUAUCAAGUUUAUUUUUAGUACUUUUUUACACUUUUAUGAAAGAUUAAAUACAUGUUUUUUACUUGAUGAAUAGUGAAAAAGGGCUGGUUAUAAUUUCGAAUAUUAAACCUAUAUAAAAAAUUUCAACUUAAGAGAGCAGUUAUCAACGUGUGUCCAGGGUUGACAUCUAGUUGCAGAGUUUUGAUAUUUUCGUUAUAAUUUACUCUCCUGUAUGCAAUGCAGUUAUCAGUGAACAGA